CUGAGCUGCCAGCAUCUAUAUUCCACCGACAACACGAUCACAGCAUCGCGAAAUGUCUUCCAAGAACGACAUCAGGAUGUCCGGCGACGACGACCGCAAGCUCGAGGGCGGCGAGGCUCAAGCGCCUCCGCCUGCCAAGCCGGAGGCCCCAAAGAAUGACCUCCACCCGGCCUUCUAUAUCGCACUCUGGAUCGCGCUGUCCGGAAGUGUCAUUCUCUUCAACAAAUGGGUCCUGAGCACGGCCAAGUUCGAAUUUCCUCUCUUCUUGACAACAUGGCACAUGGCGUUCGCUACAGUAGUCACACAACUACUCGCCAAGUUCACAACUGUCCUCGAUUCACGACACAAAGUGCCCAUGACCCGUGAGACUUACACGAGAGCUAUCUUGCCUAUCGGCCUGUUCUUCAGCUUCAGCUUGAUCUGCGGGAAUUUUGCCUACCUUUACUUGAGUGUCUCUUUCAUUCAGAUGCUGAAGGCUUCCAAUGCCAUCGCCACUCUGCUCGCCACAUGGGCUUUCGGCAUCUCUCCACCAGACAUGAAGAAGCUCGCCAACGUUUCUGCUAUCAUGGUUGGUGUUGUGAUUGCCUCAUACGGCGAGAUCAAAUUCGUCAUGGUUGGCUUCAUCAUUCAAAUGGCUGGCAUCAUCUUCGAAGCAAUCCGCCUUGUCAUGGUUCAGCGCAUCUUGUCUGCACCUGAAUUCAAGAUGGACCCGCUGGUCUCGCUUUACUAUUACGCGCCAGCGUGCGCUGUGAUCAACGGCCUCUUCACACUCUUUAUCGAACUUCCAAAGAUGGGCAUGAGCGAUAUCUACAACGUGGGCGUGUUCGUUCUCAUCGCCAACGCUGCAGUCGCUUUCGGCUUGAACGUCUCAGUCGUCUUCUUGAUUGGCAAAACGUCUGCCGUCGUCCUCACACUCGCUGGUGUCCUCAAGGACAUUCUUUUGGUUGUCGCAUCAAUGGUCAUCUUCCGGGACCCGGUCGCUCCUCUGCAAUUCUUCGGCUACUCUAUCGCUCUUGGCGGCCUUGUCUGGUACAAGCUCGGCCCAGACGGAGUCAAGAAUGGCCUUCGCGAUUCCCAGCUCGCAUUUGCGCAAAUGCGUCAAAACAAUCCUGCACGCGCCAAGGGAUUGGUACUCGCAGCAACCAUUAUCGGUGCUUUCCUGGUGGUCUACACCUUUUUCCCGUCCCUUGUAGGACUUGAUGCGCCAAAGACUCCUUUUACCGGUUGAUUUGAUGCAUCAAAUUCUUCAAUCCUUCGAUUGCUGGCUGUUAGAACAGCAUGAAUUGGUGCACUAGAGCUCAUGCAUGGCAUGCAUCUAUCACUUUGGGUCGGAUCACGGUGAUAACGAUUUUCGGAUGACGACACAUGCACUACACAGUGACUGCUCCCGCGGUCGCACAUCAUGAUGCCGACACCCUCCAGUACUGCACGUACCCGUCUUGUUGGAGCAGAGCAAGUGCGGCCAAGGCUCCAUAUUCGUACUUCGUUGGACACGCAACACCCACGGGAUCAGCGGCAACGUUCACGAGAAGCACAGUACACUCUAUUGCUCAUGGCAUUUGGACAGCCGAUUCACCAAGGCAAGCGGCAAAUGCCAUUUCAUUCAUGUUCACAACUUUUUCUAGGCUAUUUCCUAGUCCAGAGCGCAGGCGCAGAACCACAUAAUACUUUGUACAACAUGUAAAAGCAUUUACAGCGGAAUGAGACUUCAGUACAACGCCGAUCAUACGCUGUGCCGUCGUAACAUCCGCUUCUGCAGGUCGAAUCCAUGAGCCCGCCAGCAGACUUCCAUGUUGACCUGAAAUGUCUCGAGAUCCUAUGCAGCCACCAGGGUCAAUUGCGGCAGAGACAGACGCCGCGCUGGGCUUGUCUCAAAUCAAGCAGCUCGUAACCUCUGACAACCUCCGACAAGAAUCUUUAUCCCAUGCACGCCAACAAAGGACUUUUAUCGUUCAUUGUCCAACUGCACGCUCGCUCUCCCUGGCCACUCGAUGCUCCAUCGCCAUCUCUCAUCACGCUCCCCGCCUUCCCAAAGCAUAUCCGCCCCCUUCAAGCUCUCUUUCGCAGAUGUGCACAUCGCCGGUAUCCCUCCUCCGAUAAAACCUCCCUGGAUCGGCCGCAGUAAAGCUGUUCAUCGACGUAUGUCUCUUCAAUGCAAUCCGAAGGAGCCCUGAGCUUUGCCGUUCCUCGUCCCGCUGGACGAGCUUUUGUGUUUUGUAUUCAUGUCGGGCCUUGCGCGACUUUUUGAGACGCGCGAGAAGGCUUUGGAGAUUGUGCUUGGAUUUGGGCAUUUUUUUCACAUCGUAGU